AUGUUAUCCUUCACACCAAGCAAACCUCCUACUACGUGUUCAGCUGGUCUUCUUGGAGAGGGUGCUGACUGUGAACCGACCGGCUUCGAUUACUGGAGCAUCGUCCCAGGACAGGGCGAGUACUGGGACCCUCAGUUCAUCGAACCUGGUCCUAAUGGCGGCAAGUCCACCAUGAAUCGGGUACCAGGCUACGCAACAGACGUCAUCACCGACAAAUGCAUUGAUUGGAUGUCGAAUCGUGACAAACAGCGCCCUUUCUUCCUCAUGUGCCAUCACAAGGCUCCCCACCGCAGUUGGGAGUGCGACAACAAGCACAAGCAUCUCUACAAAGACCCGGUACGACUACCUGACACCUUUACGGACGAUUAUAAAAACCGGGCAAAUGCAGCCAAAGUCGCCAAGAUUUGUGUCGCCGAGGACCUCACCUAUGGAGACCUUGGGAUUGUCCAGCCUGAGGGGCACAGUAGUGAAGUUGGCCAAAAAAUGAUCGACAUUUGGUGGUGGAACGAUCGCAAGAUUCCUGCCCCUGAGGAUGUCACAAACCUCAAGCUAGUCUGCAAAGAUGACGGCACAGUCUUCACUUUCAAGACUAAGGACAUCGAUGACAACGUCGGCAGAAUGCUCGAAUGGCUGGAGUCAGAGGGCCUUGCAGAAAACACUAUAGUUAUUUACACGUCUGACCAGGGCUUCUUCCUAGGUGAACACGGUUGGUUCGACAAAAGGUUCAUGUACGAGGAAAGCUUCCAGAUGCCGUUCAUGAUCCGAUACCCCAAGGCCAUUAAGCCGCAGUCUGUGUGCAAUGAUAUUAUUUGUAACGUGGACUUUGCACCGACCUUCCUCGACUUUGCCGGUGUCCGGAUCCCGAGCUACAUGCAAGGGCGAUCCAUUCGACCUCUCCUCCUCGGAGAAGAUCGAGUCGAGCCGUCUUGGCAGCAAGUGGCAUACCACAGGUAUUGGAUGGAUCGAGAUGUAAUCCACGAAGCCUAUGCGCAUUAUAGUGUGCGCGAUCAGCGAUAUAAGCUGAUAUACUGGUACAACGAAGAUUUGGGAAUGGAGGGUGCGCGUUCAGGUGGGGAAGAAAAGGAGUGGGAGCUCUUCGAUUGCCAAGAGGAUCCGCUCGAGCUCUUCAACUGCUACAAUGACCCCAAAUACCUAGGCAUAGUGAAGAAGAUGACAAAGCUUCUUAACGAGAAGAUGGCUGAGAUUGGGGACGAACCGAUACAUACCAAGUUGGCUGGAUCAAAGUUGCUCAUUGGCGUCCACUGA